AUAAUUUCUAAAGCUGACGUGGGAGAAUUAUUUGGCAUGUGUGAAUUGUUUCAAUUAAUUUCCCAAGCAAUAUUAUAUUUAAAAUAAGGCCAAUAUUAAAUAGUUUAUAAAAAAAAAUUACCUUCCAAAAUUAAAAAAUGUUGAAAUAUUUGUGUUAUUUCCUAGUGCUUAGUGUAGUUUUUGAAUAUUCCUUAGGACUUUACUUCCACAUCGGUGAAACCGAAAGAAAAUGUUUUAUAGAAGAAAUUCCAGAUGAAACUGCAAUUUUAGUGAACUAUAAAGUGGAAUUAUAUGAUCCACGUAGUCAGGGAUUUAUGCCAAGUAGUCCUGGAAUUGGAAUGCACGUAGAAGUUCGAGAUCCGGAUGAUAAAACAAUUCUUUCGAGAGUUUAUAGUUCCGAAGGACGAAUUUCAUUUACGUCACAAACACCAGGAGAACAUGUUAUUUGCUUAUAUUCAAAUAGCACUGCCUGGUUCAGUGGAACUCAAUUGAGAGUUCAUCUCGAUAUUCAAGUUGGAGAACACGCUAUUGAUUAUGCAAAUGUAGCUCAAAAGGAAAAAUUGACAGAACUUCAACUUAGAAUUCGACAACUCUAUGAUCAAGUUGAUGCAAUUACAAAGGAGCAAAAUUAUCAGAGGUAUCGAGAGGACAGAUUCCGUCAAACAUCAGAGAGUACAAAUCGCCGAGUACUUUGGUGGUCUCUUAUUCAAACUGCUAUUUUAUUAAUAAUGGGUGCAUGGCAAAUGAAGCAUUUGAAGAGCUUCUUUGAAGCUAAAAAAUUAGUGUAGAUAUUUAAAUGGUGAUGAAUGUGUACAGAUUUGAUAAUUCAAAAUUUGUAUGUGACUUAAAAUCUGAAAAAAAAGAAAGAAAUUUCUCUUGUACAGCUUAUAAAAUAAUAUUUUUAACUGUAAGCGUGAAUUAUGUAUCGAAGACAAAAGUCUUCUUUUUCUAUUAUAAAUGUUUUUCGAUUUAAUUCUAAAACUUUCUUACAGUCAAGAUACUAUAAUUAACAAUAGUGAUAAUUUAUAAAGAUAAAAUACUAUUUAAAUAAAAAAAGAUUUAAAUAA